UUUAAUCGAAAGGAAAAAAAAAAUUUUUUUAAUCCAACCACAUUCGGUGUCCUUGUGCCCUUGAGCUGAACUUGAAUCUUGUGACGAUGGCCCAAAAUCAAAAUUCCAUGGAAAGGAUAGCAUCUUUGACGGAAGAUUUAAGACUUAGCUUGCGCAGCAAUAAGGAAAGGAUAUCAUCUUUGGAAGAAGAGUUAAGAGAAAGUCGCAGCAAUGAAACCAGCCUUGAAGAAAAGAUCAGAUCUUUAGAAAAUGAAAUACAAGAACUGAAGGAUGAGAAUGAAAGGUUGGUUAAACAACUGCGAGAAAUGCAAGUGAAAAUUCAGGAGCUAGAAAAGACCAAAAAUCAAGAAAACAGUAUGUUAAUUAUUGGGCAAAUUAGCACAUCCACACAGAGAAACUUGUGCAAGUACGUCCUGCGAGGAAACUUCAAUGAAAACUCUUACUACAAGUUUAAAGAUAUCGACAAAUACAUCGAAAAUCUGGAACAUCAGACCGACCAAGAGUCAGCAAGAGAGCGGCUGGACGAAUUGAAGGRAAAAAUUUCUUGGGAUCAAAGUUUGGUGGAUAGCCUUAAAAACCUUAAUCAAGCGAGAGUCGGCAUUGCUCAUCCUGACCUUACCAGUAAAAAGAUUCAAGAAGCUACAAAUUAUUUGAAAGAGGAGAAAAAGCUGAACGAGGGAAUGGUCGAUAUUAUAAAGGAGCUAAAACAACAAUGGGAAACUUCCAAAGUUUUGCUGCAGACAAGCUCUGCAGAUGGUCAAGAUGGUUCAAGGGUUGUGCCUGCCGCAGGAAAAAAGGACCAAAAGCACGGCCUGAAUCUAAGAGGCAAGUUCCGGCACGUUAACGGACUUGCACAUUCUACUCGGCCUCCUAAGAAGGCUAGGGGUUCACGUUACAGGUGAAUUUAUUGGAAGAAAAGAUGUUGUGAAAGCUCACUUAUAGUUUAUAAUCCAAACAUUUAUGACUAAAAGUAGAAUCAAUUCUUAGAAUCAAUUCUUCAGUUCUUAGUAUUUUUUAGCAGUUUAGAAAUGCCAUCAUUCACUAUUAUAAUAAUCUACACUAAUCAUACAGCUUCUCAUUAAUCCCAUAUAGGUGACUGUCCAAUUAUUUUCUUAAUUGGACAGGUCUUGUUGAUAUGGGAUUUAUUAGGCAGCUAUAUAAUUAAUAGGUAAUUGGAUUUCAUGCUCCCCAAUCAAGAAAUAAUUAGACUCGAAAAAUUCCUCCGACUGCCAAAUUGGACUCGGCAUACGGCCUUGUCCAAUUUUAGAAGUCCUCUGAAUUUUCCUUGUCCAAGCAUGGAGUCCUAUUACAUAUACUAAUUGCCCCUACCCCAUGCAGAGUUUUUAAACUUUAGACAUUUGUCUCAUACUCAGUUCCACGCCGUACAUAUUUUUAAUUUUAUUUUUAGUGAUGAAGACCGAAGGUCGAAACGUUUUGUUAAAUUUAUAGCAAUGAUAUUUUUUUACGAAAAAAUUAAAAACCAACAAAGGUUUAGUCAAGAGCACGCAGUGCAUUUUAAUUUUUAUGGGUAUUUUUAUCUUUUAUUUUAGUUUUUAGGAGUGAUUUUUAGAAUCAAAGAUUUCUUUUUAUCGAGAACAAAAAAUUGCCACUACAGACUCACAGUAUCGAGCAUUUGAACAGGUCUCUGAGGGGGGAGGGGGUAUGUACCGGUACCCACCACCAUAAAAUCGGGUCCCUAUUUUGGACCGUUGUUUUGACCUCGCCCCUAAGGGUGACCGCACAUCACAUAGUAUGCCCGGAUACCACAAAAUGGCGGUCCUGUCUCAAUUACUGGAGACGUUAAACACAGAGGGCAACACGUUCAUAUGUGCUAACUUAGCAAUAGUCACGUAUCACCCUCUCUAAAAAAAGUUUUCAUUUCAAUUCUGGAUUUUGAUUCAUAUGUUUUUACAUAUUUAUAUUUUAUUAGAUUAUAGAUUAUACACCUAUUCCAAUAAAAGUUUGCAUCGCGAUAGGCGAUAGGUCAUUCCGACAUGGAAAUGGUUUCUUUGAAUACAAAGAACAUCGAAUCAGUCUCAGCACGAAGGUCCAUACUCUUGACGAGAAUAAGAAGCAGAAACAAGUCAUUCCAGCUAUUCUUGGUUCUUUGAAUGACCUAUCUCCUAUCGCUUUUUGUUAUUGUCUAUCGCUUUUUUCGAUGACAAAGUUUUUUGAAAUAGUUUGAAUAGAUGUUUUUAUGCACGGGCGACUAGCUGGUUCUAAUUCUACAUCUGCAUUGUAUGAUAUGAUACCGUGUAAUAUAGAAUAGAAAAUUACAAUCAUCAAAUUUUAAAAUAAAGCAUAAGACAAAGUAAACA